CUCUUCUACAUAUUUACUAUUUGGAAAUCAAAAACCUUAAUUUAACACAAAUGAUCAGCACAAAUACAGACCCGAAGCCAGUACCCAACAACCCUAUAUGUCUUUUAUACCUAUAAACCCAUGGCUUUAGGGAAGAAAGAAAGAAUAAAUGAAUAAACAAUCAGAUUAUGGAUAUUAUAAAACUGUUAUAUUGCCACUCCAGCAUUUUAUAUGAAAGAAAAAAAAUAUAAGUAAUAUUAUAGAUUUGUUGUGGCUGCGUAGCAUAUGAUGAUGCACAUACACAGAAAAAAAAUAUUAUAACGUCAAUUAAGCAAUAGUGCUAAUUUACUUUAAAAUUUAGUGUGUGUUCGUGGGCAGGGUGACAGGAUUUAACUAGCAUGCUUUGAGCAGAGGAUAAGUGAGGAGGGGAAAGAGCAAGUGCUUUAGAGAGGGCAAGAGGGAGUGAGAGAGCGCAUAUGUGCAGGAAGGUGGGAGGGUUGGAGAGAGAGAGAGUGGGGGGGAGGACAAGCGGAUGGGUGCUGUGAAAUCCGUUAACAGGGGAGCUCUGUGCAUUUGUUAGACGUCUUGGCUGUUUGCCCAACUUGGCUCAUUGUAAUCGAGGCAUGAUCGUCGACUCCAGGCAGCCCUCUCUGCCGCCUCGGCUGCCUCGCGCCUGGACCCAGCCCAGCUCACACCGCUGACAUGGAAAGAGCCACUCCCAGUGACGUGAUGCCCAAGAGGGAUCACGAGAGAGACCUGGAGCUGGACAAGAAGAUUGAGGCUCUCCGCAGGAAGAAUGAAGUGCUCAUGAAGAGGUACAAGGAGGUGGAGGAAGACAGGAAAAGGGCAGAAGAGGAAGGAAUGGCGCUGCAGAGCCGCAAAGGCAAAGCUGAUGAUCUUACCAUCACAAUCAGCAAGUCCACCAGUCAGGAUAAUCGUGUGGUGGUGACGAAGCCAUUUAGUGGUAGUUCACCAACUGGGAAAGGACAACAGGAAGCCGGCCCCGACAGGGGGGAAGAAGGCCCUCCACAGGGUGCUGGCCGAGGCCACAGGAAGCAGCUACUGGUCACCAUGGCUGGCAAAAAGGGUAAGAGGGUGGUGAGUGAGAGGCCAGAGAAGAGGCCGGGCCCUGUGGACGUCAAGAACCCUACAGAUGACGGACAGGCGAGGCGGGUGGAGUCAGCGGGGAGGGGACAGCCACAUCACAUGAUUAAGAGAGACACAGCAGCACAGGCUGAGGAGGAUAAACAAGGGCAGAGGCACACUGAGGAGCAUCACAGGCUUUCAGAGCAAUGCGAGGAGCCCGAGAGCCCGCAGGCCAGCACAGACCUCAACAUCCCCACAUCGAAAGAGGAGCAGGGGGAGUAUCUGCGAUGGAAGAAGGAGCGCGAACAGAUCGACAGGGAGAGAGUGGCGCGCCACAAAAACGCCAAGGGCCAGUGGAGACGGGCUUGGGACAUGGACAAAACCGAGAACAUGUUUUCAGACAAAUCCCUCCCUGACAGAGACUGGGGGCCUUCCAGCAGAGGUGGACGAAAUGCUAGAAGAGGACAAUCCAGGGCAGGCUCUGACUCAAGAGGUCAUGAGAAGCGAGGCAAAGACAAGGGAGCUAAAAACGUGCUAGUGAUGAGCAGUAAAGCAAAAGGCAUAGAUCGUCUGACUGGAAGAGCCAGGAGAUGGAAGGCAAAUGAAGAAGGAGAGAACCUACAGACUUCUGACACAACAUUAGAGGAAUUCUUGGAGGAACUCGAUGCCUUUACAGAUGCGGAGGUAGAAGAUCAGAAAGAUAUGGGCUCAAAAAUGAAGCUGGCGCCCAGCCCUGAUUCACUGAGUACAUCUGAGGAAGUGAGUGGAUCCACAGCUCCUGAGUCAGCUGCUCCCCUGAGAGAGGACACCCCCACUCAGGGGAAAGCAGAGGCCUCGUCCCCUCUGGGUUUGGAGAAGAAAGUGCGCUUCUCAGAGGAACUCGUCCAGGGGGCUCAUACAAGGCAAACCACAGGCUCUCAGGACUCUGCCAGCUCAGAAUCAAGAAGUCUGAGCUCCUUAAAAGCUUCCUCGCCUAAAAAGACCCCAGACGAAGUGCAGGGGCCACAGCAACCUCUCGAAAGUGCCAAGCAGGAUCAUAGUAGUCCUCAGGAUCAGGGAGGUGGUCCGUCUACUCCUCCUGUUGCCCAGCAGCAGGCCUCUGAAAUUGAAUGUACUAAAAAAGACAGCAACCCCCCCACAGCUCACAGCACCCCCUCCCUUGAAAAAGCCUGUGCCUCUCUACAGGAGAGCUCUGUCCAGCCUGUAGAGCUUGCCAAGUGCAACAUCAGCAACACAAACACAGAGGAACUAAUAGACUCCGGUCUGUCUGUCCUGAGCCUGGAGUCAGGAGAAACACACCCAACACACUCCACCAGCAGUGACAAGGCAAGAGAGCAUGGGAAGAUUGUUUGACAUUUUCGGGAUGUAAAUACUGAAACCAAAUCACAGCAGCACAGAGCCUUGCGUCUUUGUAUUUGGAUGCAUCAUUUUGCUUCAGGUAGCUCAUUUGACAUGCCCUAUUUAUGGCUUACACACAAAACCAUGGUUUAAUUUUGCUGUGGCGUGUCCCACCUGUGGAAGUUUUAAAAUAUCUAAAAUUCGACGUAGUAAUGGUGAAUGUUUUCCCUGCUCAGAUAUUUUUACAUCCAAGCACUUUAUGAGUAUAAAAGUAUGUGUACUGACAAAUUUAUCCAGUAUGUUAGUAUGCUACUUGAGUGCAAUAUCAUUGAAUGUUUACAUUUGUAUGAAAAUUUCAAGGUACAUAUCAGGAGGCUAGGUAAUCAGUUACACUUAGGUAGCCCUUGGAAAAUAAACAUCAGCCACAGUCAAAUUAUUAGAGGUAUUUUCAAUGAAUGAAAUAAAGUCUGUAUUAUAUGAUGAUACAUUAGUGACAGACCUACAGUAGAGCCUGUAUUUCUACACUCAAUACUUUGUGAGUUGAUAUCAUUAUUAACUGCAGCAUCAGUCAAUGGCCUUUCCCGAAUCAGAAAUCAAUACCUGACCAAAGGGUAUAUUUGAGAUUGCCUUAUUGGCCACUGACCAAGACAUUGUUAAGUUUCUAAAAUAUUACUACUGACAUGAAUGUUUUUGUUAUUAAGAACAUUUAAAGGGGCACUCAGUUUACUUGUCAUGGUCAGUGCUACUGAGCUUUUUUCAAACAGUUGUAUAAUGUCUUCUGUGGCUCUGGAGGAGUCUACUCAAGUCUGACAUAAAACCCUCAUGAUGACAUAGUGAUGUCAUCAAGGUUAUCUCAAUUUGAAAAUCACAAAUUUAUAACAGAAAGCCUACAUUACAACUGAGAGUGUCUGUUUGAGAUGAUUUAACAAAGAAAUUCUAUCAAGUAGCAAUGUGGGAAAUAUAGUAUCCAGUGUUUUUGGAGCUUGACCCAUACUAGGGACUAAAAGUCAGGGUAUCUCGGCAUUUGCUACACAGAUUUAGACUAUUUUUAUAGUCCCCCAACUUUCUGGAAGUACAAAUCUAAAGUGCUGGAGUACCCCUUUAAUGUUAAGCUAACAGUCAGCUAAUAGCAAAAUCCACAUUACUGGCAUAAAAAUAUGUUGCUGUUAUUAUCAAUAACACUGUAGAACUAAAAUCUCAAAUGUACCCUUUAACACAUUGUUAUUGUGUUGGCACAGUUUUACAGCUGAAUCCCAAUUAUCUGGUCUUCCUCAGACUCUUAUUAUAUGUUUCUAAGCACUUAAUAUGGAAAUGUAAUGCAUGUCUGUAAUCUUCAGCAGAGACAUGAAAGUUUUAUGACGUUUUCUCAAAAACUAAUUUGGGAACUAAAACAUUAUUUUCUUUAAUAGUUUGCUUGUGCUGUUUUUGAACCACCAAACUUAAAGAGUCCAGGUACAUAACAGUCUCCAACCUUUGUCUCUUGAGGCUUUAGGCCCCUGUUGGACCGGCAGACUUGAGAUGUUGAAAAUAAAUGAUCCAGGUUCGUGAGGGCUCAGCCUUUAGUCCACAGUCAAAACACUGGGAUUCAGCUGUAAUUCCGUCAUUGUUUUGCCAUUUGUUCUCUUUUAUAAUCAUGAAAGACAACUAAUAUUUUUGAAAAGCUUCUUCAUUAAGAAUUUCAGCCAGUUGUUGUGCCUUGCAUAUUGGCUUCUUCAAAUACUGAAGGUGUACCUUUAUGUCAUGGUUUGUAUCUGAACAUACAGUAGUGUUAAAUGUACUGUACUAACAGUGCAGCUUCAGUAUUGAUUUUAUUUAUUUGCCUCUCCAUUUCGACAACAUAAUGUUAACUAGAAUGAUUUUGCAAAUCUAAAACUGCUUUAAAACAAUGUCUAUGUGCAUUAUAGUAGCUGUUUUUUCGUCUGUGACAUGUAUGGAUUUGUUUUUAUUUAUUGCCGGUCUAUUAUUUUAUUUUUGGUAUCAAGUGACAACUAUAAUAAGAAGCCUUACAAGAACCCUAUCCUCUAAGAAGUUUUUGGCUUUUGUCAAUGCUACAGUUAUGUAACCAUAAGUAGAGAACAUAGUGAACAUGCUCUGAGCUGCAGGGUCCCUGUCAGCUUCAACUGUGGUUACAUAAAAAACAAAUCAUCAGGAAUCUUGUAGAAGCACACUGGGAAAACCAAGAAGCAAGUAACAAGGUCUGAGGCCAGUCCAACCAUCAAGAAAGAAAAUGAGCUGUUUUUGAAUAGGGGCCUUAUUCUGUGUUAUAUAUGGAAUUUGAAUGGAUGGUAAAGGAAACUGUUUGAAAAGCAGGUCAUACAUAUUACCUCUGAAAUAUGUAAAAUUCCCUGUGGGAUUCAAUUUAGUGAAAUGAAAUUUAGGACCUACAACCAUAGAGCAUUGUACAUUUGUCCUUGUUUGGCACUUGUUCAUUUAGUUACUAGACAUCUGCAUUGUCACCUCUCUAAAAUGUAAAAUUUAAGAGGUGGUUGUGAUUGUCUUGCUCCACCUGGGUGUCCACUGCUGUCCUCCAUGUUUUCACAUAUACUUAUAAGGAAGGAGUAAUUGUGAGUACCUGUGUGUGUGUGUGUGUGUGUGUGUGUGUGUGUGUGUGUGUGUGUGUGUGUGUUGUGUGUGUGUGUGUGUGUGUGUGUGUGUGUGUGUGUGUGUGUGUGUGUGUGUGUGUGUGUGUGUGUGUGUGUGUGUGUGUGUCAAGGUGUGAUCCCAGCUUUUUAGUGUUCAGAGUGCUCAUGCUAAUUUAAAACUGUGUGCAUCAUAGAUUAAUUUACUGUAGAACACUAUGGAAGGAUACAGAACAUAAAUAAAGUUUUUUCUUUAUUUCAAACUCUCAAA